CGACCACACCAAUGCGCGAAGGAUCACCCUUGGGGUGGUAGAAAACCUCUGGCCUGGGUGUCUCCUCUCCGUCCUCACGAGUUAUAGAUAGAGCCCUCCUCCGAUCGCCAACCCCCUCAACUCGCCAUUCCUCUCCUCUCCUCCCCGCGUCCUCCCCAUUCUCCUCCAUUUCUCUCCAUUUCCCCUCUCUUGCGCUCGGUUUCUAGGGUUCGAAUCGCGAGGGAGAGGGAGAGGGGGACGGCCAUGGCGGAGCAGAAGAAACGGUGGACGUGGGAGUUGCCGGGCUUUGAACCCAGAGAGUCCUUCGAGCGCGACGAUCCGGAGCCCCACCCCGUGGUCCGGAGGCUAUCCGUCUCGCCGUCGUCCCUGGUGCAGCGCCCUGAGCUCCCGAAGCAGCCCCUCGCUGCCAAGUUCCAGAAGUUGAAGGACCAACUCAAGCAUGCUAGAGAGGACUACUUGGAGUUGAGACAGGAAGCGAGCGACCUAAGAGAAUACUCGAAUGCAAAACUUGAUAGAGUUACUCGCUAUCUGGGUGUUCUUUCUGACAGGGCUCACAAACUAGAUCAAGCUGCUCUUGAAACUGAGGCCAGAAUUAGUCCUUUGAUCAAUGAGAAGAAAAAGUUGUUCAAUGACUUGUUAACUGCCAAAGGAAAUGUGAAGGUAUUUUGUCGUGCAAGACCACUAUUUGAAGAUGAGGGCCCAUCUAUAGUUGAGUUUCCCGACGAUUUUACCAUCCGUGUAAACACUGGUGAUGAUUCUCUUACCAAUCCCAAGAAGGAUUAUGAAUUUGAUAGGGUUUAUGGGCCCCAUGUUGGACAAGGGGAAAUUUUUCAUGAUGUUCAACCAUUUGUACUGUCAGCCUUGGAUGGAUACAAUGUUUCUGUAUUUGCAUAUGGACAAAGUCGUUCCGGAAAAACACAUACAAUGGAAGGAUCUAGCCAUGAGCGUGGUUUGUACCAACGGAGUUUUGAGGAGCUCUUUGAUCUAUCCAAUUCAGAUACCACAUCCACAGCUCAAUAUAAUUUUUAUGUUACGGCCUUUGAGCUUUACAAUGAGCAGGUUCAAGAUUUGCUAGGAGAAUCCAUAAACAGCAUAUCGAGAACCAUCGGUCCCCAAGAUUCAUUUGUGGAACUUGUGCAAGAGAAAGUUGAUAAUCCUUUGGACUUUUCUAUGUUACUAAAGAGGCAAUUCGAACCGAGGCAGAGAUUCUGCAAGGCCACCGUGUCACAUCUGGUUGUCACCAUUCAUAUACACUAUACCAAUAGCAUCACUGGGGAAAGUUUGUACAGCAAGCUUUCUCUUGUAGAUUUACCUGGAAGUGAGUGCUUACAUGUGGAAGAUGCUAGAGGGGAUCAUGUAACAGACCUUUUGCAUGUAUCAAAAUCACUUUCUGCGUUGGGGGAUGUUUUGUCAUCAUUGACUUCGAAGAAAGAAAUCAUACCAUAUGAAAAUUCAAGGCUGACGCAAUUUCUUGCUGACUCCCUGGGUGGUAACUCAAAGACCUUGAUGAUCAUCCAUGUUUGUCCAAAUGCUUCAAAUAUGUCUAAAACAUUGUCCACCCUUAAUUUUUCAGCAAGAGCAAGAAAUGCUGAACUAAGCCUUGGAAAUCGAGAUACGAUUAAAAAAUGGAAAGAUGUGGCUAAUGAUUCUCGAAAAGAACUGUAUGAGAAAGAAAAGGAAGUUAAUGAUCUGAGGAAUGAAGUUAUUGAACUAAAGCUUGCUCUCAAAGGUGGCAAUGACCAAUGCAUUCUGCUGUUCAAUGAAGUUCAAAAAGUGAAAGUUUCUUUUACACUUCAGACAGAUUUGAAGUCAGAAAAUAUACUAUUGGCGGACAAACAAAAAAUCGAGAAAGAGCAGAACACUCAACUUAGGAAUCAAGUUGCUCAUCUUUUGCAACUGGAGCAAGAGCAGAAAAUGCAGAUACAUGAACGCGAUUUAACCAUUCAGGCCCUGCAGACCAAAAUUAAGGGUAUUGAGUUCCAGCUUAAUGAGGCCCUUCACUCUAAUGAUGCUAGAUCGACUGCUGGGUCCGACUCUGGGUCUGCAGGGGUUCUUUCAACUCCAAAAGUGGAGGACAGUGUUGAUUCUUCACUGGUUACCAAAAAACUUGAGGAAGAACUCAAGAGGGAUGCGCUUAUUGAGAAAUUGCAUCAGGAGAAUGAGAAGCUGUUUGACAGACUAACGGAGAAGUCAGCAUUCAGUGGCUCACCACAGGUGUCGAGUCCAUCUGCCAAAAAAUCAGUUAACAUACAGGGGCAGGAUUUAAGCAGGAGUGAUAGGAGCAAAGGACGCACUGUAGAUGUCCUUCCAUUGCCAGCAGCCCUGGAUAAAACUGAAAGCACAGGAGCUCUUGUAAAAGCAGGCAAUGACAAAACAAAGACAACUCCUGCUGGGGAAUAUCUAACUGCUGCACUGAUGGAUUUUGAUCCAGAUCAGUUUGAGGGCUUUGCUGCUGUUGCUGAUGGGGCAAACAAGCUUUUAAUGCUGGUUUUGGCUGCAGUAAUCAAAGCUGGUGCUGCACGUGAACAUGAAAUACUUGCUGAAAUCAGAGAUGCUGUUUUUUCAUUCAUCCGGAAAAUGGAACCAAGGAUGGUAAUGGAUACCAUGCUAGUUUCACGAGUUAGAAUUUUGUAUGUAAGGUCUUUGCUUGCUAGGUCACCAGAGCUGCAAUCCAUUAAGGUUUCUCCAGUUGAACGUUUUCUAGAGAAAGCUAACAGCGGCAGAAGUAGAAGUUCCAGCCGGGGUAAUAGCCCAGGCAGAUCUCCUGUUCGUUAUGAUUCCAGUGCAAGGACUGCUAUUGUUGAUGAACAGAUCCAUGGUUUUAAGGUUAAUAUAAAACAAGAAAAGAAGUCCAAGUUUUCAUCCAUUGUCUUAAAGCUUCGAGGGAUUGAUCAGGAAACAUGGAGGCAGCAUGUUACUGGUGGAAAGCUCCGGGAAAUAACUGAGGAGGCCAAAGCUUUUGCAGUUGGGAACAAGGCUCUUGCUGCUCUUUUUGUUCAUACACCAGCUGGAGAGCUGCAACGUCAAAUCCGAUCAUGGCUUGCAGAGAAUUUUGAGUUUCUUUCUGUUACUGGUGGUGAUGCUAUAGGAGGGACGACUGGGCAACUAGAACUUCUGUCAACUGCAAUAAUGGAUGGAUGGAUGGCUGGUCUUGGUACUGCACAGCAUCCUAGCACUGAUGCUUUAGGCCAGCUUUUAUCCGAAUACACUAAGAGGGUUUACACAUCACAAUUGCAACACCUGAAGGAUAUAGCAGGUACCUUGGCAACGGAACAGGCUGAGGACAUUUCCCAUGUGAAUAAGCUCCGUUCAGCUCUAGAGUCUGUUGAUCAUAAGAGAAAGAAGAUUUUACAACAAAUGAGGAGUGAUACAGCCUUGCUAACAACAGAAGGUGGUUCGCCCAUCAGGAAUCCUCCAACAGCAGCUGAAGAUGCACGGUUGGCAUCUCUCAUAUCUUUGGAUAGCAUCCUGAAACAAGUGAAGGAAAUAGCGAGACAAGCCUCUGUAAGCUCUCUUACCAAAACCAAAAAGAAAGCAAUGCUAGCAUCUUUGAAAGAACUCUUAGAACGGAUGCCAUCGCUUCUUGAUAUUGAUCAUCCGUGUGCCCAGAGGCAGAUUAUGGAGGCUCAGAGAUUGGUAGAGUCUAUACCUGAAGAGGAUGGCCGCCUUGAUUAUGAAGCACGAACUAACCAACCAUAUGCAGAUUCAUUGUCCACUGCAGAUGCUGAAGUAACUCAGUGGAAUGUGUUGCAGUUCAACACAGGGACUACGACCCCAUUCAUCAUUAAAUGUGGAGCAAACUCGAACUCUGAGCUUGUCAUCAAAGCUGAUGCCCGAGUCCAAGAACCAAAAGGAGGUGAAAUUAUAAGGGUUGUUCCGAGGCCUUUGGUUCUUGCUCAUAUGAGCUUUGAGGAGAUCAAACAAGUAUUUGAGCAGUUGCCUGAGGCAGUUAGCUUGCUCGCCCUUGCACGAACAGCUGACGGUUCCAGAGCUAGGUACUCUAGAUUGUACAGGACUUUGGCUAGUAAAGUUCCAGCUCUAAGAGAUCUAGUUGCAGAGCUGGAAAAGGGGGUACGUUUAAAGACGUUGAGGUCAUAAUCGCAGCAGUGUCUUGUACUUUAAAAACAUGUAUGUCAUUGUAAAUUGUUGCCUCAUUCUUGUAAAAAGAUUCACUAUUUUAAGACAUCCUUCCAAGGGAUAGAUACAGUUUUCAACAAGUUUUGAGUUGUAAUAUCACUUCUGAUUACAGUAUUAUUUUGACAAUGAGGCACGUAGAAAACUAGGUAUUCCGUUUCU